AUGCAAACCAUCAAAGAAGCCAUCGUUGGAAAGGCCAGCACAGGCACAGAAGAAGCGCGCCCAGCUGACUUGAAAGACAUGACUGCGCUGGUCACCGGUGGAACCGGAGGAAUUGGGCUUGAAGUCGCCAAGGCUCUUGCAACCUCUGGAGCGCGUGUCCUCGUAAUGUCCCGAAAGAGCGAGAACGGCGAAAAGGCUGUCGCGCAAAUCCAGGCUGCGGGCGAAACCCCGGUCGAUGUCAAAUUCAUCGCCUGCGAUUUGGGCAAUCUGAAGGAAGUACGGAGCGUGGCUGAGCAGAUAAAAAAGGACGAAGGUCGCCUAGACAUUCUCGUCGCAGCUGCGGGCGUCGGGGUAAACAAGUUUGAUGAGACCAAGGACGGAAUUGACAGACAUUUAGGUGUCAAUCAUCUCGGGCACUUCCUCCUCAUCAAUCGUCUGCUUCCGUUGAUGAUUGAGACCUCGAAAUUCCCCACCUUGAACGCGGCGCAAGCUAGAGUUCCUCGAAUCGUCACGAUUUCCUCCGAGUUACAUCGAACCGCUCCAGGGUCAAUCAAAUUUUCGAACAAGGCCGAAGUCGCUUCGACUGGAGCCUCCAAAGAAACGAAUGAAUCAAAAGACCUAUCCGCGAACAGUCUUUACGCACGAACCAAAGUCGCCAACAUCCUUUUCACUCGCAGGCUCGUUGACAGCCAGGACCAGUUCAAGGAGGCCUAUGGGGAGGUUAUCGGUUCCGUUCUGAAAUCGGUAACAGUUCCUUUCAUGAAAGAUCCGAACCAAGGAAGCGCCAGUACAGUUUGGGCCGCCGUCAGCCGUGAAGUAGAUGGAAGUGACGGUGCAGGUGGCAGGAACAAGUGGCAAGGCAGCUAUGUGACCGACCCCGGCACGAAGAGUAACCCGACGGCCCAGGCCAGCAACGACGAAUUGGCGAACAACCUCUGGCGCUUGAGCGAGGAGUUGAUCCGGGAGAAAUUGGGGAGCGACGCAUUGUUGAAAUGGGGAGCUAUGAGUUACGCUCUCUCUUUGUCCGAGCUGGUACACCCCGCAACUGAUGGAUCUCAGUCCAACCCCACCGCUGGGGGUGCUGCUGAGGCACAGACAAUACUCUUCGAUCCCGACUUUUCCUACGGACUCGAUACAGAAGCACCGUUGGCAGACAAAGACAGCGACGAGAGGCGUAGUUGGAUAGAUGGCGUGAGCUUACGAGGCGAAGCUUCGGACGAGUCAGAGUACAAUGAGAUCUAUGGCUCGGGAGACGACUACGGUGACGAUUGUGCCACAAGCAACGAUGUCGAAGACACGCGCGAUUCCCGAAGCUCAGAGUUCGCUGCUGCCACCGACAAAGACCAGCCUCUAUCAAAAGACUUGCAUAAAAUCAAGCAUGCUCGUAAUAAAGUAUGGCAGCAUGAAACCCUCCCGCUGCAUCAAGAAUACGUCGCACUACAACUCGACCCUCCUUCGGGAGAACGAGUCAGCAUCGAGUACAACGCCACCCAGUUCAUGCUCGGUGGAUUGCGGAAGGCUGGAAAUCGAACGGCCGCUCCCUGUGAGCCUCGUCGAGUUACCGACGAUCUCAAAGCGAAACACUGGGAUGUUUCACACGCAUGGAAGCCUGGGCGCGCCAGAUCCUCCUGA